AUGGGUGAUCACCAAAUGGGAGAGGUCAGAGACCAACAAACAAGAAUUAUCGUGGAUUGUAUAAAUGAUACUCGGGAGUUUAGAGAAGAAUUAUUACCAAAGCCAUCGCUCCAAGAAAUAAUGAAAGAGAUAUCUAAAAUAAGUACAUUGCAAGACAAUAUGAACAAAGACCAAGAAGCCAUUAAACAACAAAUCAACAAACUUUGUGAAUCACAAGAGAAAAUGAGCAAAGCGCAAGAAGCCAUUAAACAACAAAUGAACUGUCAACCAAUACUCUUUCCACAGAAACAAUCUUGA